AGGAUAGAAAAAGAGAAUAAUGGAAACUGUAAUCGCAAUUUUAGGGACAGUUUGUGAGUACGCAGUUGCACCCAUUGGACGUCAAGUAGGAUAUGUUUCUUCCUACAAAAAGAACAUCAAUGAUCUUAAAGACCAACUUCAAAAUCUUGUGGAUACUAAAACAAGGCUACAACACAUGGUCAAUGAGGCAAGAAGUAGUGCGUACAAUAUCCAAAGUGAUGUUUCAUCAUGGUUGAACCAAGUAGAUAAAAUCAUUGAACAAUCCAACGACAUAUUGUACAAGAAUGAAAAUGAAUCAAAUAGCAAGUAUUGUUCCAAUAAGCUUAACUUCAUUCAUCAAUAUCAAAUGAGUAAGAAAGCUAAGAAGAUGGUGAAAGUAAUUUCACAAAUUAUAGAGAAAAGAAAGUUGAUGUUUCACCAAGUUGGUUAUCCUACACCUCUUUCAAGGAUUCAUGGAAGUUCUACUAGUAGUUCUCAUGGCUAUGAUCAGAUUUUGGAAUCAAGAACAUCAAUCGCCAAGCAAAUUAGAGAUGCACUCGUUGAUUGUAACGUGAAUAAGGUUGGAGUAUAUGGUAUGGGAGGUGUUGAAAAAACUACGCUGCUGAAACAAGUCACACCAUUAGUGAUGGAAGAAAAAUUGUUUGAUCACGUGAUUAUAGUGAAUGUAGGUCAAACAUUGGGGGUAGAAGGCAUACAAGCUCAAAUUGGAGAUAAGUUAAGGUUGGAAUUAAAUAAGAAGGUAGAGAGUAAGGAGGGAAGAGCAUCUUUACUACAAAAUAAGUUGGAGAUGGAAAGUAACGUCCUCUUGGUGUUAGAUGAUUUAUGGAAGGGACUCGAUCUAGAAGAGGUUGGAAUUCCUUGUAGAUCAGAGUCAUGUGAAAAGGGAUGUAAGAUACUCAUAACAAGUCGAGAUAGAGAUGUCUUAACUAAUGAAAUGGACACACAAGUUUAUUUCGAGGUGAAGCCUUUAAGUGAAAAGGAAUCAUGGGAGUUUUUCAAGAACAUGAUUGGUGAGUUUGAUAAUAAAUGCAUAGAACUAAUAGGGAAAGAGAUGGUGAAGAAGUGUGGGGGAUUGCCAAUAGCACUUGCUACAAUUGUAAAAACUUUGAAGGGGAAGGAAGUGCCUAUUUGGAAGGAUGCUUUGAAGCAAUUGAAAAAUCCUAUUGCAGUGGAUGUUAAAGGGGUGACUGAGUUAUGACUAUCUAAAAUGUGAAGAAGCUCGAUUACUAUUUCUUCUCUGUAGUGUAUUCCCAGAUGAUUAUGAGAUUUCUGUGGAAGACUUGCAAAUAUAUGCCAUGAGUUUGAGAUUGUUAAACCAAGUGAAUACCUGGGACGAAGCUAGAAACAGGGUAAUUAAAUUGGUUGAUGAUCUUAAAGCUUCUUCUUUACUUCUAGAAUCCAAUUCAAGGGAUAAUCAUGUUAAAAUGCAUGAUAUCGUUCGUGAUGUGGCAAUAUACAUUGCAUCAAAGGAAGCUAAUAUGUCUACAUUGAGCUAUGGUUUCGGGCUGAGUGAAUGGCAAGAAAAGGAUAGACAUGGAUUCUAUAGAGCAAUCUUUGGAAACUGUCACAACUUCUACAACUUUCCUCAAAACUUAGAGUUUCCAAAACUUGAAUUGUUGAUAUUAGAUGGACAUGAUUGGAGGGGAGAAAAACUUCAAAUUUGUUACUCUUUUUUUGAAGGAAUGAAAGAACUUAAAGUUUUGAACUUGUCAAGGAUGUGUUUUCAACUACUAAGGAGGCCAUCAAUCCACUCUCUAGAAAAUCUUCAAACAUUAUGCAUGUCACAUUGUACAUUCAAUGACAUUGAUGCAAUAAGUCACCUAAAGAAGCUACAAAUUUUGAGGAUUGAUAAAUGUCCAAUCACAUUGUUACCUAAAAGCAUGAGUCAAUUGACACAACUUAAGGUACUACAAGUGUCAAAUUGCCCUUUGAAAGUGAUUCCUCCAAACACCCUUUCAAGCCUUUUGAAGUUACAAGCACUAGAUAUAUGGACAAGCUUCAAUGGAUGGGGAGAAGAAGUAUCACACAAUAACAAAUUGAUCAAUAAUGCAAGGCUAUCAGAGUUGAAGUGUCUACCACAUCUAACAAAUUUAAAGAUACAUAUCUUGGACAUCAAAAUUCUUUCAGAUCUAAUAUUUCUGAAAAAUUUGAAGCUAGAAAGAUUUGUUAUCCAUGUUGGUGAAUUGAAAAUGUCCCAAAGGUUGCAAGGAUGUGAACAAUAUGCAACAACUUUGAUGCUUAAAAUCAUAACAUCAUCAUCCCAAAUUGUUUCAAUCGAUCAUCAUGAGGUACUUGAAAUACUAUUGAAACAAUGUGAAAAUUUGUGUGUGGAAGGAUCAACAAUGGCUACAAAUAUUCAUUUCAAACCAAAAAAUGGAAAUAAUUAUCCAUAUUUGAGGCAUCUUACUCUCACUAAAGAUUCAAAGUUUAUUUGAUUGGAAAUGGUUGCUUUGCUCAUUUUCCUUCUUUGGAGUUCUUGUCCCUUGAAAAAAUGGAGAGCUUGGAGAAUAUAGUUCAUGCAGAUGUGUUUACAAGUCCUUUCAGAAAGUUGAGAUCCAUAAAAGUAAUAAGUUGUAAGAGAUUAAGGUAUCUCUUCUCUUUCUCUAUCUUUAAAGGCCUUGUGGAUCUACAAAGGGUUUUUAUAUUUGAUUGCAACAUGAUGGAUGAGAUACUUUGCAUGGAUAGUGAAGACUCAACAAUUGCAGUUGAAGGCAAUUCUGGCGCAGGUUGUCCUAUGAGAUUAGUCAACGUGCGAAUAAGUUGGGCUGAAACUCAUGGAUACCAAAAAAAAGCUCAAUGAUAUCCCAACUACAUUCAUUGGCUUGAGGAGAUGUCAAGAUAGCAUAUUGUAGCCGACACUCUAAAGCCCAACCCAUUAGUUUUGUUUUUGUAUAAUUCUGCUGAUUCUGUAUUUCUGUUACUUCUCAAACACUAUAAGCUCUUGUAAUUCUAAUUUUUUUUCUUUUUUAGACAUUUCGGGUUGGUUGGUUGGUUUGGCAACCGGAAUAACCAAAUUGUAUUCAUAAACCAACCCAACCCUUAAAAUUUAAGUCAAAAUAAGAGUGUUUAUAGAUAAGUUUCAAAGGCAAACUAAUAAGGGCAAUAUGACUGAAAGUUUUCCCCCAA